AUGUCUUGGUUUGGCAGUUCCUCUGAUUCUACCAUAGAAUUGGACAACAAGAUCCAAGAAGCAACUUCUGAGUCGAUUCCUAAUGGAGAAUUGGAUUUGCCAUUAGCUUUGGAGGUGACUGAUUUGAUUAGAAGUAAACUGUUGCCUCCUAUCCAGUGUAUGCGAUCGUUGAAGAAGCGGUUGGGUAUGACAUAUUCCAACCCGAAUUUGUUAUCUUCAACACUCAAGUUGGUCGACUUGUGUAUUAAGAACUGUGGUUCUCAUUUUUUGAAUGAAAUUGCAUCCAAGGAGUUCAUGGACUAUCUUGUAGACUUCAUAUUUAAGGUACACUACGACACCAAGAACUACCAGGUGCGCAAUCUGGAAGCCAAGAUGAACGUGGGUGAGCUCAUAUUGUCGCUCAUCAAGGAAUGGUCCAUUUUAUUUUCGAAUCUGUCAGAUUUAAGCUACGUCACAAGAUGUUUCGAGCGUUUGGAAAGUGAAGCGUACAACUUUCCAGACUUUGCUGAGACGUCUGCUUUGAACAGUAAGUUCGUAGACACAGAAGUUCCCCCUGAUUGGGUUGAUGAUGAUAAGUGUAUGAUCUGCUACGAUAAAUUCUCGAUGAUCAACAGAAAACAUCAUUGUCGUGCCUGUGGCGGAGUUUUCUGUCAGACUCAUUCAAGUAACUUCAUUCCGUUAGUUUCUUUGGGCAUUCUGAAGCCUGUCAGAGCCUGUGAUAACUGUCUUGCCAAACAGAAACUGAAGAACAAGCCAUCACAACAUAAUUCAUCAUCUCAUUCAAGAGGUACAUCGCGUGUUCAAGAAGAUGAUGAAGAUGAAAUGUUGCGAAAGGCAAUAGAAUUGAGUUUGCAAGACACUCAAAUUCCUGUUUCCGCUCCAGUUGCACGAGAUGCUCCAACAAAUUCCAGUCAAACAAAGACCAUAACCGACGAAGACGACGAUGAAGACUUGAAGGCUGCCAUAGCUGCCAGUAUGAAGGAUUACCAGGAUCAGGAGAGAUUGAGAGAGGAACAGCAGAAGCAAUGGCAACAAGAACAAGAGGAAAAACAUCACCAAGAAGAGCAAUCAGAUUUCUACAACUACAGCAUUCCCAAGCCCAGCAAUUAUAGCCAACAACUUCCUUAUGUGCAGCUGGUAGCUAGUUUGACCGAGGAAGAAGAAGCAGAUAUCAACAAGUUCAUUACGUUAAUGUACCAAGUGAAGAACGACCAGAACAUUCUGUAUGCUCGUCUCCACGAUGAGAAGUUGACUGAUUUGCACACCAAAGUUUGUCCAUUGAGAAGUAAAGUAACCAAGAAUUUGAUCUAUACUGUAGAAAGACAGAAGGCCUUUACAGAAUUAAACAACAAGAUCGCAGCUAUCACGAGAUUGUAUGAAGAACACCUUGAUUCCAAGUUAAAGCAAACAUAUGGCUACCAGCAAUCAGUACCACCUGUUCAACUUCCUGAGAUCAACGAUUAUAUGCGUGGACCUCAGCUGAACUACGAGCAGUCUAUCCCAGCUCAAGGAACUGGAUAUCAACAACAGGCUGGUUAUGUUCAUCCUGAGACUACAGGCUAUCCAUCUUAUCCUGGGGGCCAGCAGCCAAUUCCUCAACAGCCUAUUGCUCAGCAACCUAGUGGAUCUCGGCCCUCUGCACAACAGGCACAGAAAGCUCCGGAACAGAAACACGAACAACAGCAGACUUCAGUACCAACCUUUGCUUAUCCACCUCAAGAGCUGUACCCUCCUGAAGGGGAAGAUGACGAGGAGCAAUCAAAUUUUGAACUUCCUCCUUUACCUAACCAGGCUCAGAAUGAUUUUCUGUAUCCACCAACUCAAUCUUAUGAUUCCCCAUCAGAACCCAUGUAUCCUAAUGACCUGACAGACCAGCAGUAUAAUGUGUAUCCACCAAAUGGGGCAGGAUCUGAAGAGUCGAAGGAUGAAUACAGUUCUGGUGAAUUACAACCAGUUCAACCAACCAGAGAGCAUGUUCUUAGAACAAGAUCAUCGGAAUUGCCCCCACAUGCUGUAGAACAAGCAAGUGCCAGAUUCCCACCUAUUGAUACUGUAGAAGAAGAAUACCAAAACAGUAACAAUAGUAGUGUUCCUUACCCAGAUGUUUCUUUCCCUAUAGCACCUACACAGAACUUGCAACCACAGCAAGAACCACCAAAGAAGUUUGUGCCCGAGCCUGAACCUUUGAUAGAUAUAUAG